AUGUCACGUCGAGCAAAGCAAAUUCUAGCUGCAGAAGCGCGAAAAGCGGCGGAUGGAAAUUCAUUCGUACCUGUACUUUUUCUAUCCGAGCUGGAUGUUAGUAAAUGUAGUCAAGAACAAUUUCUAGAAAUUCUCACUCAUUUCAAUGAACUCUGUGCUAAUCGACCGGUGGAUCAACGAUCAACAUAUGUCGAGCAAGUCUAUCAUCGAUUGCUUCAUCUUUUAUCUCAAAAGGUAACGAUUCCAUUCGAUAGAAUAGUGGCGAUAGUCAAACAAUUAAUUUUAUAUUGUCCCGUAAUGGCGAUUUUAACAUUGGAUGAUUUAAAAAAAUUCGAUGUUCAAAUGGAAAAACGAUCAUUAAUUAUUCAUUUCGACAUGAGUGGAUCGAUGAAUGUAGCAGGCUUUAAUCCACUAGUUCAAACAAUCAUCGGUCUGUGCACAAAGUUACAAAGUCAAGGUAUUCAAGUACAUGUAUCCUUAUUUGGAGAUGAUAACCAAGAGAGAAUACAUGAUGCUAUUGGUGGUCGAUUACUUACAUUGGAUGAAUUCUCAAAAGGAAAAUGUGUACCCAAUGGUGGUGGUACAAAUUUUUGUCCAUCAUUUCGACGAACAAGACAAUUCUCUACUCCUUAUGAUGCAAUUAUCGUUUCUGAUGGUGCCUUUACUGGUAGUAUUUCUCAAUUGACUUUUCAAGAACAAUGCCAUACUGUUUUUUUUGUUGCACCACCAUGGUCUCCAUUAGGUGUUGAAGAGAAACACGCAAAAGCAAUAGCAUCAAGUGUUCAUCCUAAUGUGCCUUAUAUUGGUAUUGCUUCCGAGAAAUAUCCACAACUUGAUACUAUUAUCGAAGGUUUUCUACACGAGCAUCAUUUUUUUGCUCGUCUACCUGGCUAUGUUACUAUUGGUAGUUAUGCUAUUCCAUCCAAUCUACUUGCACCAACUCAAAUGAUGCAAGUAUCCAAUAGUUGUCUUGCUCAAGGUGAAAUUCAAUUGCAAGUUUUUAUCAAAAGACUUCUUGGUCUUUUUCGAUAUCUCGAAGAAACAGCUAAACUCAAUUUUGAACGAUGCAUUCGAGGUGAUGAAUUUCGAAAUCUUAUGUCAUUAGUAACACCAUUGAUUAAGACAUCACAAGCUCAUUUAGAAACAAGUAAUGCUUGUCAACAAUUGUAUGGCUAUUUAACUAAAAUAUUGAAGAAUUUUGCACUUGAACAACAAAAAUUAAUCAAAAGUUUAACUAAUGAUCACAAAGCAAAAGCAGAAUUUACAAAGUUUUGGGAUGAUGCAAUGAGUUUCAGUGAACGAGCAUUGAUUAUUGAAGAAAAUGAACGAAAAUAUGGACAACCAAUCGGUUAUUUAAAUGUACAUGUCGCUAAUUUGGCUUGUACAAGUGAACUACUAUCUGAAGCUUUACAACAAUUAAAAACUUUAUACUCACCAGAAGAUCCUGACCAUGUAUCAUUAAUACUCGAUAUUUUAUCGACAUGUAAAAUUGAUGAUCGAACAGCAUCAAUUCCAGAAGAUUUACAGAUUCUCAUUUGGCGAAAACCAGAUGCUACGGUUGAUCUUCUAUCAAUUCUACGUCAAUUACCACUUUGUCUUCAACAAUAUCAAUAUUCACAACAAAUUCAAAGAGAUAGCAUCUGGACAUUACAACCAUUAGCAGCUAUUCGUUUAGCUUGGGUCAUGGAUGCAUCAGAUCGAACAUUUCCUGAUUUUAUCAUGCAAGCAUUACCAAGUUUACUUGUACCUAAUAAAUAUCUAACUGAUAUCGAUGAAGAUGAAAAUCGAUCAGUAUUUUGGAUGAAAAUUAUACGUAAAGUUGCACUGAAAAUAGGUCUUACAUCUGAAACUUUACAAUCAAUUCAUCAAAUUCUUACUAUUCAUGUGUUAAAAGGUUUCUUACUUCGAUUGACUAAUCACUUGAUUACUUAUGAGAAACAAAUUUAUGAAAAUGUUUUGCCAUUCAUUGAUACAGAUGAACCAAUGGCUUGGUGUGUCUUUAUGAAUAAAGAUUUCGAUCUAGUGAAUGCUCAUACUGGUCAAAUCGUUGAACGAUCAACAUUGAUUACAGAUUCACAUGAAGUUGAAGGAUGGUAUAGAAUAAAUCUUCAAAAGUGUGGUUCUGUGGUUCGACCACGAUAUUUGUCUCUGCAAGACUAUCCUAACUUUCCUCAUGGUGCCAUUGAACUUUAUAACACUUGUACUCGAAAAGAUAUUGAUAUUCUACGUGAUCAAUUGAGAGAACUUGGUAAUGAUUCUUAUUCAUCAGAUCAAAUCAAUGCACAUGUCUAUACAAUUCGUGAUCGACUCAAAACGAUUCCAUGCGUACUUUGGGGAUCGACAGAUUUAAUAACUCAGACAACAACUACAGUCAAACUUGCAUGCCAAGGUGCCAUAUUACCAACAGAAAAAGUAACAGUCAACAUCACUAGAUCAAUCAUCAUUGAUUACUUAGUAUCACAUUGUAAUGAUCGAUUUGUUGCUGGAGCAUUACGUGGAUUUGGUGACUAUGCACGAAUUGCGAGUCAACAAACAUCAGCCGGUGUCACUGAGCUUGAUUACGCUAUUGAAUGUGGACAAAAGGCCACAAUAGAAACAACCGCUAUGCAAAUUGCAUUAUUCAUUCAUUUCGAUAAACCUGGCAUUCGAGAGUAUUUGGAACAACAGCACAAGAAAUUAGCACGACAACUACGAUCAGUGAUGAAUCCACCGUAA